GGGACGUCGUAGUACAUUCACGGUAGGUUAACACACAUGGAGAGGAAGGUCGCGAUAGACCGACAGGCAAUGAAGUUUGUUGACGAUUCUGUAUGCGGACCGAAAACCAUUGAUCUUGCAUUUUCUAAUCUCUGCCACAGGGAUGACUGGUUCGUUGCAUACGUUGUAGUGGAGUAUAAAGACAUGGCUACAGGCGACAGAGACAGAGUGAAGUUUAAGGCCAACUACUGGCUGAGUGCAACUGAAGAACACGAGCACACAACUGGAAUAUCAUGUUACCACAUGGUUUCAGCCGGAAUAUUGUCCAGCAUGCUUAUAGAUAUUAAAUGCCACCCUUCCCAGAAAUGUGAACAUUGA